UCUCCAAGCCCAACUGGCUGCUGCAGAGGCAGAAAGGGUAGCGGCUAAACAGGAGAAGCGUGAAAAGGAGGAAUCUUUUUCUUUUUUCUUUUGCUGAACAAGAACUCAUCAUGGAAAGGGUGGUCCAAGAGUCAAAGAAACUUCAGCAGGAAGCAGAGGAGAAUGCGAAGGUAAUGAUAAAGCUACGGGAGUUCUUAAUGGACCGUGGUCGUGUUGUCGAUGUAUUGCAUUCUUGAAGAAUUCUUUCAUUUAAGACUUGAGUUCUAUAUAAAGAGAAAGAAAGUAAUGUUGGAUAAUCUUGAAAUAAAGCUGUUGAGAUUGUCUAACAAAGUCAGAUUCAUCAUUGGGGUGGUAGAAGGAGAGAUUAUUGUAAGUAACAGGAAGAGAGCAGAUCUGGUCCUCGAGUUGCAGCAGAAGGGUUUCACACCGUUCCUUAAAACCAAAGGCAUUGAUACCAGCGAGGCAAUGGAAACAGAAGAAAAUGAAGAGACACCGGAGGUGGGAAUAGUUGUAAGAGCAAGUGAUUAUGAGUAUUUACUGUCGAUGCCGAUUGGAUCUUGUUGUUAAUGAGAACUUUAAAUAGACAUAUAAC